CUAUAGAUCAGAGAGAAAAUAGACAAGGCAAUAUAAUAAAGAUAAACUCAAUAAGUCCCCGCUGGUUUCGCUCUGUUGAACCGGUCUUGAUAGAAUGAGCGAUGAGUUUCCAUCACACCGGAGGUCUCUGUUCCAUCAUCUACCCAGCUCUCUUGGCUUUUUUUUCUGUUUUUUUACUUUUUCGGGUCUGCAUAGGCGUCUCGGAUCGAAUUGCAGUCAUUUUCCAUUGCGAACUGUACAAAUGCUUCCCAUACUGCUCUGACCCUCCUAUAAGUGCGAUGAGGCGCAUUGUAUCUUUAUUUAUGGUCAUUCCAUUAGACAUUGGAACUAAUUUGUUUUACAGCGCGUAGGAUAAUUUCAGGACCGAGCUUAAUAGGUCAUCGUCUCUCUCGUCCUGAUGGAA